AUGACGACGGCGGCGGCGGCGGCUAGUACUAGUCCGCAGAUAUCUCCAGCAUGCUGCGGGGGAAUAUCGAGCUCGUCAAGCGGAGUUCGCAGUUUUGUUACUUUGCGGAAUCGUCGGUUGAAUCUGGGAAACUGUUUCUCCCGCAGGAGAGUUCUCGCUGUAAGUUGCCGCUUCGAGCAAGAAGCCAGCAGUGCGAGAGUCGCUUGCAGCCUGCCUCCGGGGAGGGAGGACGAGCAAUUUGUUCAGUGGUUCCGGCAGGCUUGGCCUUACAUUAGAGGGCACCGUGGGAGCACCGUCGCCGUCGUGAUCUCCUGUGAAAUCGUCGCAAGUCCUCACCUGGACAGCAUCCUUCAGGUAUGUCUCCUUCUUGUCGUACGUCCAAUCGAGUGAUUAUCGUAUUUGCUGCUGACCACUCUGCGUGCCUAGAGGGAUUAAAGUAGUCAAGAUCGAUCCCUCAGCUUUAGUUACAAUAAUAUAAGUUCUUCCAUUAGAAAAAGAUUUUGAGAAUCUCUCUGAGUCGCAGUGCCUUUUUUAUUUGUUGGAAUAGCAUUGUAAACAGUCACUUCUCUCAGAGAAAAGCCUCAGAACGCAUCCUUCACCAGUGAUUGCUUAUGUUGGUGUGUUCGUUUGCAGGAUAUCUCGCUCCUUCAUGGUUUGGGGAUCAAGUUUGUUCUUGCUCCCGGCACUCAGAUGCAAAUUGAUAAGCUCUUGGAAGAGAGAGGUGAUAGGAUUGAUGCAAUGCACUCUCGUUCAUGACGUCUACCUUCACGGGUUUCCAGGAUUCUCCACUUUGAUUUUUUCCAAACAUUGAUUUACACAGCGUAGCUUUUGAAUUGCUACGAACGAUGUACAAUUCCUCUUCAAAUGCCUUUGCAUUAUAUAUGAUAUUACUUUGCUAGGGACUGGUUUCUGUGUUACCCUGCUUGAUGAUUUAUAUAGCCACAUGGAUGUCUCUCAGAUUGUUGUCCAGAUGUACAAAAACAGCAGUAGACGAGCCUAAAAGCGUAUGACUACUUACUGCUAAAGAUUAAUUUGCUGCAAGCUCAACUUAACCUAGAGCAUCCUUCUAUAUUUUUUAUGACGAACAUAUAAAAUGGAAUAUCUUAAUGAUACAUGGAUAUAAAUGUUAAGGCAUUAAAUAAGUUUUCUAUCACAAAAACUAGAAGAACUUUAAAUUUGGCAUAGAAAGUCGUAAUGUACUGUUGGUAACCAUAUAAACAUGGUCUAUGUUCAUCUAUACAGCAAUAUUUAUACUGUUUGUUUUGUGUGCUCAUUUAUUGUAUGGAGAUAUCUAACUUUGGUGUAUACAUUAUUAUUCUAGGAAGCAAGCCAAAGUAUGCUGGUCGUUAUCGAAUAACUGAUCCUGAUUCUCUGGAGGCUGCAAUGGAAGCAUCGGGUAAAAUUAGACUUACAAUAGAGGCAAAGCUUUCUCCAGGGCCCCCAAUGUUGAACCUUCGUCGACAUGGUGAUAAUAGCCGUUGGCAUGAACUUGGCGUUUGUGUUGCCAGUGGCAACUUUCUUGCAGCCAAGGUCAAAUGGUGAAUGCUUUUUAUUUUAUUUAAUUUGUGCAGAAAACCAUCACAAAAUUUUCAUUAUUUUAUUUAUCAAUUUAGAUGCUGUAUUCUGUCAAUUCAUGGUGUUCAUGAUUGGUAAUUCCAGUGCACAAGGUUAUCUUGGGAAUUCUUAAGAGAUAAAACUUUCUAAAAUAACCUCGUCAAGGAAGAAAUUAAAAUAUUUUAUGGUUAAUUCUUGUUCAAAUUGUGUAUAUUGCGUGAAAAUACUAAAGCCCACUAAACAUAACCAGCAGAGCUUGCGGAUUCACUAAAACCUAACUUUGCUUGUUCUGGAGAUGAUGACGACUAGAUAUAAUAGCAUCCUUUCAGAUCACAGGCAUAUUACUUUUGACCAUUUACCUUAACAGUUCCCCUGUUUCUUGAAGAACUUCUCUAGGAUUACUUUCAAAGUUGUCAUUUUGUGUUGCAUGCGCCAAGAAAAAUGAACAGAGAGAAGGUCCAAAAAAGGGAAAUUAACAGACAAGAGAUGUAGGUUGCAGAAUCUUAUGGAGUGUGCUUAGGUUAUUGUGUUGCAAUGCAAUUUACAGAGAAAUAAAAUAGUUGUGUGGACUACUAAGUUGUAUGAAGGAAAUAUUGUAGUUAUAGCUUUUAAUGGGAUGACAAUUUUUUUGAGGCAAUUUAUGAGGGAUAUAAUGGUAACUUAGAAUAAAAAAGUUGACUGUUAAGUUAUUGGUGUGCUUGCAUUAUCGUGUUGUAAUAGGAUUUACAGAGUAAUAAAACGGUUACUAUUGACUAAGCUGCAGAAAGUAGACCUUGUGGUUAGGACUGUCGGUGGAAUUGUGACUUUACAAGAACAAUUAAUAAUGGAGAUAAUCGUACCCUAGAAUAAUAAGUUUCCCCAAGUUCCCUUGAGGUACGCAUGAGAGGAAAGGGAACUUUUUUUCGUGAGUUUACUUGUCAGCCAUAGAAUUUAGGAGAUCCGAAUGGAAUUGGGGAAAGGAUAAUCUUUGUGCUGGGCCGUUAAUUUCGAACAGCUGGGCAUGAUGAAGGAAAAUGUCUUUCUCUUCUGAUUAAUAUAUAGUACAAUGUCUUCAGUUUUUCAUAUGGUAUUUUACUGCUCAGUUGAUUUAUAUAAGGAAUUAUUUCUUCCAUUCUAAUGUGUGAACAUAUUUGGCGUUGAGUGUGAAAAUCUACCAGGGAAAUACGCCCUUUUAGAACGACUUUUUAACACGUAUGGCGAUUUAAAUACUUUUUUUUCCUCAAGUCAUCUUGGGUUUUCCUUAUCAUAUGUUGCCUUGUUUUCGCUUGGAUAACCUUCAUAUCUAAUUUCCUUUUGUGAAUAUGAAGUUAGCUCUUAGCCUUCAGUCCAUUGUGCCAAUAAAUGGAUUAUAGUUUUUGUAUAGUUGAUAUUGUAACUUAUUUUUUAUUUUCUCUCCCUAUUGACAGAGAAGAGGAGUAGUUGAAGGUGUCGAUUAUGGAGCAACCGGUGAAGUGAAGAAAAUAGAUGUUUCUAGAAUUAGAGAGAGACUCGACAAGGACUGCAUAGUUAUGAUGAGCAAUCUUGGGUACUCAAGCUCAGGCGAAGUUUUAAAUUGCAAGUAUGCCAGUUAACUACAAUUCCGUUAGCAUUCAUUCAUCAAUUUCUUUCACAAAGGAGUUGAAUAUAUUACCAUUUACCAUUCAGGCGUAUAUUAAAUACAAUAUCAAUAUCUUCCCUUUAGUGCAUCUCUUCCUGUAGUGUAAGCAUUCAUUCCCUUUACAGGAGGGUCGUUAUCCAUCCUAUCCAUAUACGAUGACAUAGAUGAUGUCACUGGAUACCUCUCCCUUCAGAACAGCCUUUCAUGUUCGGCAAAAAAAAAACACUUCUUGCUGAAGGCUUUAUCAAUCGUCCCUUUCAUUUCCCUGCUCAGAGUUUCCCAUGUGUUGUAUCUUGUGAUGAGUGAGUGCACUUAUUCUGGCUUUUAUGCUCGUGGUUUUCUUUGAAUAGCUAACGUGCAGAGGGGAAAAUCUUCAGCUAUCCCAUUUUUACAGUUUGGCAUGCAAUUCAUAUCAGAGACCUCCACUUUUAUACCAUACCUUAAUCAUAUGUUUUUUGUUUGACUCAUAAUUUUCGUUCUAUAACUAAUUUCCUUUUCAGCACGUAUGAAGUUGCAACAGCGUGUGCCUUGGCCAUUGAGGCAGAUAAACUUAUUUGCAUAGUUGAUGGUCCAAUUCUUGACGAACAUGGCCGGUUUACACGGUUUUUGACCCUUAAAGAUGCUGACCUGCUGUUAAGAAAGCGGGUCAAGCAGAGUGACGUAGCUGCAAAUUAUGUGAAGGCUGUAGGUGACGAUGAUGUGUGCCAUCCAGGAUUUCAUGAGCCAAAUGAAAGUGGUAACGUCACGAGGAAUGAAAGGGACAUCAGCAUUGUAGCAUUUAAUAAUGGUGUUGGCUUCGAGAAUGGGAAUGGACUUUGGCCUGGAGAGCAGGGUUUUGCAAUAGGAGGCAAAGAGAGGAUGAACAGAUCAAAUGGCUACCUUUCAGAACUGGCUGCUGCAGCCUACGUAUGCAGAGUAAGUAAACAAUAUCUUUUCUAGCCCUUUGAUUCUAUGGUCAAAAGUGGAGCAGCUUAACCUCAUUAAUGAGAAUAUGUUGGGUAAAUUAGACGUCUAUUAACGUUCAGCAUCCAGUUAAUGUUCGUCUGUUUGAGGGAAAAUCCAUCAAUCCUAAACUUCAUCCAAUGUAAGACCUUAUAGUCGUCAUGCCAUCUUCAUAUAAUCAGUCUUUGAGCAUUUAUCCAGACAUUUUUGUUAAUUUUGAUGUGAAGAGAGUGGUUUCUAAAAUUUUGACCAAAAAAACUCAUUAUUUAUAACAUCACUUCGCCUAGGCUACGAAGAAACUGUUCAUAACAUAAAACAGGAAGAACGGGAGAUGGAGGGACUCGGAAAUUCCGAAAGCUUGCUUGUCCUUGGCUAUGGAUCCUACCUUCGAAUGAUUGGGAAUAGCAUUCAUCGCUUCAAAUCCUUAUUUAUCUGUCUUCACAUCUGCCCACCUUUUUCUUACUUAUCUCAAGUUCGGUUCUCAUUUUGCUUUCUGACAGGGUGGUGUAAAAAGGGUUCAUCUGAUAGAUGGCACCAUCGGCGGAGCCUUGUUGUUGGAGCUGUUCACGAGGGAUGGAGUGGGCACAAUGAUAGCUAGGUAUGUGGUGCUAGAAAAGGACCGGCAGGUUUUCAUGCUUUCACUUUACUGUUCUUUUAUGGGUCAAUUCAUAUUCUGAAUGCUGGAUUUCUUUCCGCUUUUCCCCCAUUUUUUUCUCAAUUUAGAGGUAGAAGAUGAUCACCAUCUUCUCCCAGGGGUGGAAUUUCUCUGAUCAUUUUAAGAAUACAGAAGAUUAUAUAGUCGUACUUUUUCUCUGGAGAUCUGCAGUGCAUCUCAAAUUCCCAUUGCUACUUCUUCUUCAGUGAUGUUUACGAAGGAACUCGGAUGGCUAGAGAAACAGACGUGCCUGGCAUGAGAGAGAUAAUCCAACCUCUAGAAGAAAGCGGUGCAUUGAUCCGAAGGACCAAUGAACAGGUUUCCAGUUUAAUCUCUCUCUCUCUCUCGGUAUUUAUUGUAGAUAAUUUUAAUUAAUCACCAUUUAUGGUAUUUUUUUUCUUUUGCUUUCCUGUCAGUUACUUGAGGAAAUAGACAACUUUGUUGUUGUCGAGAGAGAUGGCUCGAUCAUUGCAUGCGCUGCCCUCUUUCCCUUCUUCAAGGAUCGCUGUGCAGAGGUCGCCGCAAUCGCUGUGUCUCCUGAAUGCCGCGGACAUGGACAAGGCGACAGGUUACUAGGUCUGUGGGUUUUUUUUGCAAAAUUUCACACACAUACACAAACACAAACACAUAAUGAAUGUAUAUAUAUAUAUAUAUAUAUAUAUAUAUACAGAUAAGUAUAUAUGUAAUGAAUAUUUGCAGAUUACAUUGAAAAGUGGGCAUUGUCCCUGGGACUGGAGAAGCUAUUUCUAUUGACUACUCGUGCUGCAGAUUGGUGAGUGUUUCUUGAUCUUGCCUUGUUGUUCUUCUUAAUUUGCCUUCUUAUUAGUUGCAUUUUCCGCAGUUUAUUUCUAAUCACUGAGAGUUUAUUCUGAUUGCUGAAAAUAUUUUUAAAUAUUUUUAGUACGAUCAUUUUUAUGUUUUUCCUGGAGAAAUCUUUGCUUCCGAUCUUUAUGUUGAUCCUUUUUUUUCUUUUUUUUUGGAUUGGAUUAAAUCGACUGAAGGAAGUCUGCUGAUUUCUAGAGGGUUGAACCAAUAGUAUGGCUAUAUUUUUUAAUAUAGCACUUGAAUAUGGUCCAUUUUUUUGUUUUCCUAAAGAAAUGGUUGAAUAGAUGGCUGGGAUUUGGAUCUUUAUGUCGAUCAACGGUUUUGACAAAUUUUUUAAUUGGAUUAAAUGGACAAAAUAUAAUGCUUCAUCAGUAAUAAGACUACAGAUUUUUAAUUUUUAUAGAUUUUCCCCGAAUAAAACAUUGGUUAUAUAGCUGGGAUUUGGAUCCUGAGGGCGACCAAAUAGCUGUUUUUUUUGUACAAAUAAUGGAUUAAAUGAUUUUCUGAAAAUCAUAAGCUGAUUAAACGUCGAUGCUUCACCUUCAUCAUGUUGCUCUGUAAAAGCCCUAUGAUCUUGGCCGUCCAUUGAUUUCCUUUGAACCAUUGGGAUUCAUUAGAUCAGACAGUAAAUUCUGGAUUAUGAUUUAUUUAAUAAUAAGUUUAAAUACCCCUUACCAUUGUGAUUCUGUGUACUCCCUGCGAUCUUUCCCACCAUCCAAUGCUUCAGCUCAAAUGAAGGCUCUUCAACUGGAAUGGGCGGGCUUAAAAGGCCUUAGCCCGGCCCGCCCCGUGAGAAAAGCCCGACAAUACUCACCCCGGGCCCAGCCUUCUGAAUUCACCUAUCCAAGAGAGAGAGAGAAAGAGAGGGAGGGGGAGAGAGAGAGAUGGCAUCGAGAACACGCUUUUGGGGAAUUAAUGGAAUUUUUAUUUUUAUUUAUAUUCAUAUUUGGAUCACGAAAAAAAAAUCCCUUUUCUUUGUGAAGGUUUGUGCGACGCGGCUUCUCCGAGUGCUCGAUUGACUCGCUUCCCGAGGAGAGGAGGAACAAGAUCAACAUCUCCCGUGGCUCCAAGUACUACAUCAAGACUCUCCAGCCCGAGGCCGGCGGGAUCACCGUUGAUAUGAUCGCCUCUCGGAAUUCCUGA